AUGGAUAGGCUUCUGACACCUGGGGUUUCUCAGAGCGAAAAGGAUUCAGUAAAAAUUAAGAUGCUUGAGUUGGUUGACAUUUAUUAUUGGGCUUUGGAUGCCCCAAAGACAGGGGAUAAGAUCAACAUUCCUGAACAUCUUAUGGUGAAGAAGUACCCACACUUCUUGGAACGGGAACCUUCCUACAAUUCGAUAUCAGUGUUGGGCAAUAUCUAUGAUCUUGCAAAAUCGCAGCAGGAGUCUGAAAUUGUCCCUCCAAUCAAGGUAUCUCCCCUGAAAUGCUUUACUGAGGAAACAGUAUCUGAAGACUAUAAGUGCCGGUGGAGAGAUCUUUAUCGCGAGUACCUGAUAAAGAGCUCCUCACUGUGUAAGCUGGCGGACCAAGAAGCACGGGACCAUGGGUUCCGGGAACUCUACCAAGACUACAAGCGGAUCAUGUACGACGCCGAGGACUUUGACGCGAGCCCACGGAGCCACUUGGAACUUUUGAACGAGGCCUGCGCGAUAUACCAGGUGGUCUAUGAGCGUGCGAUGGUCGGCAACGAGGUGAGCAAGUGCGGGUUCGCGUGGAAGGUGGCCGGCCGUGCCCUGUGCGAGCUCUACCUGCUGAAGCAUGGCGGCGAGAGGGUCACCUGCCUGCGCUCCGUUCUUGAGGAUGCUUUCAAGAAGUACCGGGCGUAG